AGAACAUUAAUCGGAUGCGCAUCAGUCAUUGCGCGCGCAGCUGUGAUCUCGUGCCAUCAUCGGGCGCUCUGAAAAGUUCCUGGAUAAAAGGAGCACGGCAUGGUGCUGGGCGAUACCAACAGAACUAUUGCCGUGCAAAGCCACGGACAAACUAUGAAGCCCUUGAUGGCCGAGGACCGCGCGCGAGAGAUCGGUGCAAGUAUGGGAACCUCUAACGGUAUGAUGAUCUCCGAGAUCCUCAUCCCUCGACUAUUCAAAAUUGCGCACGAGUCUGGAGAAGUGGCAGUGGCUGCGGGCUCCGGUUCCUUGGAAAUGAAGCCCUCCAGCUCCUCGAUCCUACUGGAAAUGAUGGAGGUGGCAAACGGCACGCGCUGCGCGGAGCAGAUCCUCAGCUACGGAGAGGUCGAGAAGGUGCUGAUCGGUGGGGUGCUGACCAUGCUCACACUCAUAACCAUCUGCGGGAACCUGCUCGUGGUUAUCUCCGUGUGUUUUGUGAAAAAGCUACGGCAGCCCUCCAACUAUCUGAUCGUGUCUCUCGCGCUCGCGGACCUCUCCGUUGCGCUCGCGGUGAUGCCGUUCGUCAGCAUCACGGACCUGAUCGGUGGCCGAUGGAUUUUUGGCAAAUUCUUCUGUAACGUGUUUAUAGCCAUGGAUGUGAUGUGCUGCACCGCGUCCAUCAUGACACUUUGCGUUAUUAGCAUCGACCGGUACCUGGGCAUCACCAGACCUCUAACAUACCCGGUGAGGCAGAACGGAUGGUGUAUGGCCAAAAUGGUGUUUUCUGUGUGGCUGCUCUCUGCGUCAAUCACCUUGCCACCUCUCUUUGGCUGGGCGCAGAACGUGAACGAUGACCGCGUGUGUCUGAUUAGCCAGGACUUUGGCUACACUAUUUACUCUACAGCUGUAGCGUUUUACAUCCCCAUGACUGUCAUGCUGGUCAUGUAUUACCGCAUCUACCGUGCCGCCAAGCUCAGCGCUGCCAAACACACCAUUACUGGCUUUCCUCGUGCAGGACAGGAGGAGGAAGAAGAGGAUGAGGUUGGGGAAGGGGCUGAUGAGGCAGAAGAACCCAUGGGUGUGGAUUGCGUAACUGUCGCAAUCAAGCUUCAGAGGGAAGUGGAAGAGUGUGCGCGUCUGCCUCGAAUCCUGCGUGGAGUGGGCAAGAGGAGCUUGGACCGCAGGAGCAUUUCCAUAUUCAAGCGGGAACAGAAGGCGGCAGCUACGCUCGGGGUAGUGGUAGGAGCGUUCACCGUCUGCUGGCUUCCGUUCUUUCUCCUCUCCACGGCCCGGCCCUUCAUCUGCGGGACAGAGUGUAGCUGUGUCCCGCUGUGGGUGGAGAGAACGCUGUUGUGGUUGGGCUACGCCAACUCACUCAUCAACCCCUUUAUCUAUGCUUUCUUCAACCGCGACCUGCGCACCACCUACCGAAGCCUGCUCAGCUGCCGUUACCGUAAUAUUAACCGCAGACUGUCGGCUGCUGGCAUGCAUGAGGCCCUACGACUGGUGGAAAGACCAGAGGUGGUUGUCUCUGGGUGACCCGAACUGUGCACAUAACAUACGAAGAGUUCAGAGGUUGACAUUUGCAUAGGAACUCACAAGCCUAAAUGGUCAUGAUGACGUUUAGGAUGUGUCAUGUUUGGAAGGUGUCAUGAUGUACUGACAGUACCUACAAGUCAAAACAGUGGUCACUUCAGACAGAGGCGUGCAUUAUGGUCAGUGCAGUUGCAUUUUCUCAUCUUGAAGAAUACACUAUCACUGGCUUUUCUUUAGUAGAACAGCAGAGAAAAUACAUAUAGCUGAUGAAUCAAAGUCCAGCUUCUGUCAAUUUCAGACAAUCUAAAAGAACAGAAAACAAAAUAAGAAGUGGACCAACCCUUUUCACAACCUGUGAUCGAGUAUUUUCACAGUUAUCAGCAUUACAAAUCUAGUAAAGCUUUCUCAUAUUUUAAAGAUUUAUAUACAUUUAAAAUUGUAUACUUUGUGUUAUAUUACCUUGACAGUAAAUAAAAAAAAAAAAAAUGUUGCCUUCCACUCACCACUAUAGAAGUUUACACACUUCUGCUUCUGAGAACCCUGGAAAUGUGAAAGGGGUCCAUAUAUAUAUAUACACAGUGCUCAGCGUAAAUGAGUACACCCUCUUUGAAAAGUAACAUUUUAAACAAUAUCUCAAUGAACACAAAAACAAUUUCCAAAAUGGCGACAAGACAAAGUUUAAUAUAAUAUCUGUUUAACUUAUAACAUGAAAGUAAGGUUAAUAAUAUAACUUGGAGAACAAAAUUUUCAAUUUU